AUGGGUGGCUGUGCGAGUAGACCCAAGGAAUCAGACAUGAAAAACGAAGAAGGCUCUGUUCCUAACAAGCCUGUUUCUGAAACCGUUGUAGUAGAGGAGAACAACACAGAAGCAAGUAGUGAGAAACAGAACCAGGCAGAGACUGAAACAACUUCUGUCGAAGCUAAAGAGAUAUCUGAGGUCGAGCUGACCAAGGAAACAUCUCAUGCUUCUGAAGCAGAGGUUGCAGCAGCCGUUGAAGAGUCAUCUUCUGCUGGUGAGGUUGCAGCACCUGAGAAGGUGGAGACCGUAGUGGCUGCAACAGAAAACGCUGAAGCCGCUGUGGAGGCGGUUGUUGUUGCUGCACCGGAAAAGGUUGAGGUUGCCGCGAAAACGGCCGAGGCUGAACCAGUAAAGGAUGAAGUUAAAAAGGAAGAGAAAGAAGCGGUUGUCACUGUUUGA